GCGAUCUCGACCCGUCAGGAUCGCGCGGCGGACUCGGACGCGACGUAGCGGGAUCAUGCCGGUCUCCAGACACACGACAGCGGCCUCGGCGAAUUAAAAAGUCGAGGGAAACGAAACUGGCGCGGCGCACUUUUACGGCGGCCCGCGGUCGGAAGUGCGCGACAUCCUUGGGAGGAUGACACAGUUGCGCCGUGAGAAAAAACGCGCCUCGCUCGACAAUAAUCAGCGGGACGACCCGAGUGUAGAUUGACGCGUAUGCGACGAGAGGAAAAGUGGUGAAGUGUGGAAACGACCCGCAGCCGCAGUCGAGAGUUUGCACGAGACGCGCGAAUAAGGAUCCCGGAUCGCGAUCGGAGGAGAGAAAGGGAGGAUCGAGGAAGGACGAGUGCAGACUCUGGGACUUUGGAAAACCGACCAAGCUUCUCCUCUCGAGAGAAACUAUAGCGAGAACGACAAAUACUCCGUCCGAGAAGCAAUCCCGUGUGCGAUGUCGAGCCGUGCUACUUACAAUUAGCUGCCGUCGGUAUGGCAGGAGACUCAGCUGAUGUUUCCUUGCUAACGAGCGCCAUCGAAGAAGAUCCGACAGAGAUCCCAGGUGUGGAAUGUUCGGAGCGAUCAGAAGUUCAUCCCUGUCAUCUUCGCAUCGAGGAUAGUCCAAGCAAGUGCAAAAAGGAUCAAAAUGGGGCGCUAUUGUCGGAUUUUGAUGACAUUAUCGAUUACAUCGAUUGUUGCAGUUUGUCUCAAAACUGGUUGUCGAGGAUUUGCAAUUGGUUCCCGAGGAUGUGCUCCUGCAUCGACGGCAAUUCUACACUACCAAACAAUCGAGCAGUCGGUCGAAAUGCAAGUUACGAACGACUCGGUUCCAAUCUCACAAUCUUCGAACUUAAUAGUCCGAUGCGAAGAAGUCAAAGAGGAAACCAGGAUUUGAUCGACAGUGAAAGACAGGAAGAAUUGCGAUUUUAUAACAACGAUCACUCGUUUACAACUGUGGUUGUGGAGAAGGAUCUACGGACGAUCGAUUUAUGCGAAUUACUCAAAGUCAAGAGAAACGUGAUCGGCACUGCAUGGUCGAUAAUUGAAAUGUGGCCAAAAUUGGGAAUUGAACGUACAUUAGAAGACCAUGAAGACAUUCUUGCUGUUCAUACAGAACUGGAGAUGUUUGCCUCGCGUUAUGAGAGGAGGUUUUAUUUUAAUGAAGACUUCCUGAAAUACGAACCAUUCGUCGAUCCUAAGCAAUUCUUUCCUCCCGAUAUGGUCACUUUUCCCUGCGGAGAGGACAGGAGCACAAUUAUCGAUGCUGAGAGUGCGUUAAGGAAUUAUUUGUUACGAGAGGACGGUGAGUGUCCACAAGUAUUCAGCAUGGUGUGGAUGCGACAUGUGAACUCAAACGGUUGGAGAAAGAUCUACAUGUUGCUUCGAGACCGGAAACUCUACACAACGAAAAAAACAAUCGCGACGCUGCCGAAACGGCCUCUGGACAGCGAACAUCUGAUCGCGCUCGCGCGCCUGUCAGACUAUAACGUCUACAGAAUACCGAACGCCAAGCGAGUUUUCGGCGCACCCUUCGAGUGGGGCGUCUGCCUGAGGCCGAACAGUAACGCCGAGACCGAGGACACGGAGGCUGGAGAGCCCGGGAUCAAGGUCAUUGCUUUCGAAAACGAAAAAUCACGCGCUUGCUGGCUCACAGCCAUGAGACUCGCUAAGUACGGCAAACAGCUCCGAGAGAAUUACCGAGCCUUCAAGAACAAGCAGUGCGAGCAGAACGGCAGUGGCAGCCCCAAAGAACAAUACAGCAGCUACAAUGUGUCCAAUGAGUCGAUACGAUCUCGGGUGGCGAUGGACUUUACUGGUAGUGUGGGCAGGAUAGUUGAUGACCCCAAGGAAGCUAAGGACAUAGCUGAGAACGAGGGCAUGAUUUGGCGACGGAGGUGGCGACCAUUCUCGCGUACACCACCAGGUUGUGCUAUGAUGAGGCUGCAUGGUCUCGACGGUGGCAUACAUGUUCUUCAGCCUUGGUUCCACGGCGGUCUCAAGAGGGAUGUCGCAGCGGCCAUUAUAAGGGAUCACGGUAGUGUCGACGGUGUGUUUCUGGUCAGGGAGAGCAAGAGCAAUCCGGGAGCCUUCGUUCUGACCUACAAGUACAACGACAAGGUCUUUCAUGCGCAAAUUCAGCCCAUUUUUGACGAGCGUCGCAACUGCUGGUUAUAUACUCUCGAUAAGGGGGCGACCAAGUUCUAUGACUUGCUGCAGCUGGUCGAGUUUUAUCAACUGAACGCGGGCUCGCUACCUACACGAUUGACCCACUACGUGCAGAAUGGGGUGAAACCGCCGCUGCACAAGCCGGAGGACGGCGGUGCCUCGCCAUCGCCGCCUGAGGGCAGCAGCCAGCGAGUCAACAGCACCGACAAAGUCGCCGAGCCGUGCAGCAAACCGAGCAACAUUUGAGUAUAGGACAGCCGGCGACCCGUCAGUGUUGUUGACGGCGAUCGUCUGUCGACCGUUUGCGUCACCAGUGGACCCCUUGUUCCCGUCACCGACAAUAUCGUGAUGGUGCAUCGUAACAGCAGUAACAACAACAACAAGCACCUGGGGAACGAUAACAAUGGUAAUGGUGACGACAAUGGAAAUCGCGGCGACGUCCACUCGACACGGUCGGGUUGCUGGAGUCUAUGUCUUUGCAGUUACAACAAAUGGGAUUUGUAGCGCAAUCGGUAGUAGCAGGGCGAUAUUCGAGCACGCAUGAAAAAGAAGAAGGUUGUCUUGUCGCGAAGACGGAAUGAAAGAAGAAAAAGAGGAAAGAAGGGUGAGAUUGUGCGGCUUGAGAAUCAUCCUCAGAUCGCGAUUUGUUUUAAUAAGCAACGCAGCGUAUGUGCGACGUCACUGGGUCGGCUGACCCGUGUAACAAGAAUGACCAAUUUUUAACGGCGAAAUAAUAACAAAGAAGAUAUGAUCACCGUGAGAAAAAACACAGGAUCGCUGUAGUACAAGAAGUUUUAUUUUUAUUUUUCACGUUCGUUUUGAUGUUCUGCUCACGCGGAUAAUGUCCAAAGUAGCACGGCGUUGAUAUCCGCCGACAGCGAUCCUCACGGAAACGAAAACCUCUUUGAUGGUUUCAAUCGUACAUUACUAUGUUAGUUGUCGUGUAAUAAAGGAUCCAUCUUGUGGUCUAGACUUCCCCAAAGACCAAACUACUUUCGUUUCUCUUUUAUUUAAGAUUUUCAGCGAUAAAUAUGUCUAGACGAUCAAAGAAGCAUAUAUUUGUUUUUCCCAUUUUUAUUCUUUUUUUUCUUUUCAUUUUCUACAUGUCCACGUUUGCACAAACAUGGCGCGCAUGACUAGAUUACUAAUCGUGCGCGAAGAUAUCGUCAUUCGCAAAGUUAUUCCGUAAGAAGAAGAGAAAAACGUGAUUGUUCACGCGUAUGUAUGCAUAAUGCUGCAUUAUAUGCAUCAUUUGGAUGCGAGAGAAAGAAAGUGGAUAGAUAAGCUGUCGCGAAUUACAAUAUAGUUAUAUCGUAAUGAGAA